AUGACCACGUCGUCUGUGAUACCUAAGGCCGUCUUGUACUACAGCCCACAGCACGAGAAGGGGUAUGGAGAUGAUGAAGUUGAUCUCAGGGUUGUGGAUAUUGACAAAGGAGAGGAAUUUUCCCCGACCUUCCUCAGGUUGAGCCCAAAAGGAAUGGUCCCAACUCUUGUUGUACCCCUCCGCGGCUCUCUCGCAUCUGAUAUUGCAAGCCGCUUCAAGGCUAUCUCUGACACUAAAGCACUGAUCGAGUUCCUGGAUAAAUCUCGGUCUGCAUCAUCUCACACGCACACUACAUCGAGCGCUCCGGCCCCAUCGUUAUCCCCUGCGACAGUUGCAUUCGCCAGUGCAUCCAGCAAGAUCAUUGACUCUAUUCAUGCUGAUGAGGUCUCUCCCGAUCAUUUGCAGUACUUGAAUGCCCGCGAUCAAGCCUCUCUACAAGAACUUGGAAAGUCUCUGGUCCCUAUCCUCCAAUCCAGACGAGCGGCAAUCGUGGGAUAUCUCACCGAUUGUGAACGUGAGACCAUGCGGAUGUCUGAAAAAACCAAGGCAUUCUGGCGAGAGAAACAAGCUGAGACGGAGACAGCACUGAGCGUGUUUAAUGGGAAUGAUGUCGAUGGAUACUUAUCACGCUCCAGGAAUAUGUGGGAAAUCACAAUUCCUGGUGUUCUCACUCGAGUGAACGAGGAGUUGGUCGGACCCUACGCGUUAGGCGAUCAGGUUUCUAUCGCAGAUAUUCACUUAAGUGUUUGGCUAUCUCACCUUGUCAGAUUGGCUGGCGGAAGCCCUUCGGAUGAUGGAGAUGUUGCUAUAAAAAGGGUGGAAAAACAUAUUGGAAAUGGGUUUGUCUUUCCCGAGGACUUCUUGUCUUCGGCCUUUAGCCCAUUCGCUGAAGAAAAAGCAGUCGCGAGGAGCAAGCUGGCGGCAUUUUGGGAUGCGAUGAAAUCACGGUCGAGCUGGAAGAAAGUUUAUGCUUCGUGA